AUAAACAACCAAAACAUUGACACCCUUUCUCAAACUCAACAUGAACACAACAACAACAAUAGACGGUGUAGAACAACCACCAUACACCACCAACUCCAGCAACCCCCACGGCGGAGACGCUUACAUAUUCGUCAUCGGAUUCUUUUGCAUCGUCUUCCUCCUAAUGUCCCUCACCUACACUUCUUACAUAUGCAAGCGCCCUCGAUCAUCACCACCACCACCAUCCAUGUCUUUCACUAACACCCCAUACGAGGAAGCAGACAACCACCAUCUUAUAAGAUUUUCCUACGGCCUUGACGAAGAUAUCCUUAUCACUUUCCCAACGUUUCUUUACUCGGACGCCAUGCCUCACAAAGGUGACACUGCAACUGAUUCUAGUUGCUCUAUAUGUUUGGCAGACUAUAAACCGGAAGAUGUUGUCCGGUUAUUGCCUGCUUGUGGUCAUUUGUAUCAUGUGAGUUGUAUAGAUACAUGGUUGAACGCUCAUCCUACUUGUCCAGUGUGUCGGAACAUGCCGUGUUCUGAUUCAGCUGAGUUGAGUGAUUGACGUAUAGAUUCAAAUUUUAAGGUUUCACCCUGUAAAGUUUAUAACCAAUGUAACCGAAAACGAAGAAUAAUCAAUAAUUCACAACUGAUGACAUUAUCCGUUUUUUUUAUUUGUAGUAGUAGUUAGAAUGUUUUUUAGUUUUCAAUAGGCUAAUACAAAAGUGGCUUGUUAUGA